AUGAAUGUUUCCAGGGUCCUCACGCAACACGUUUAUAGACGGGCUCUACAUGAAUUUAAAACCGCUCGCAAUUGCCUCUGUAUACACCAGGCUCGAUUCAACGACUUGGCGCGAGGCCAAAACAGAAGUUAUCAAGGUCACUCAAAUCCUACACCCAAUCGUAGUCCAAUCCAGGUUUGGCCAUUCAUUGCGAUCACUUUGGUAGGAACAGGUUCAUACAUGUUGAUGGUAAACAGUAGGAAAGAAAUGCCGCCCCAGUCUACCUCGACUACCUCGCCCCUCUCUAAUGAAAAAAAGACACCUCGCUUUUCCCCAGACCUUGUAACGGUAAUAUUUGUGCUUGGUGGACCAGGUGCUGGUAAGGGGACCCAGUGCGGAAACCUAGUGCGCGACUAUCAUUUCACACAUCUCUCUGCCGGGGAUCUAUUACGGGCAGAACAGGCACGCGAGGGCUCAAAAUUUGGGGAGAUGAUCAGAGGUUACAUCAAAGAAGGCUUAAUUGUGCCGAUGGAGGUAACAAUUCAAUUGCUCGAAAACGCUAUGGCUGAAGCAAUAGAAAAACGUCCCGAUGGUCAGGGAAAAUUCUUGAUUGAUGGAUUUCCGCGGAAAAUGGAUCAGGCCCUAAUGUUUGAGCAGACGGUUUGUCCGUGCAAGUUUGUAUUGUUCUUUGAUUGUCCGGAAGAAGAGAUGCAACGCCGUCUCUUAGAACGUGGUAAGACCAGUGGUCGAUCGGAUGAUAAUGCAGAAAGCAUCAAAAAAAGGUUUCAAACUUUUGAACAGACCAGCAUGCCGGUCGUCGAUUAUUUCAAUUCUCAGAAUCGUGUUGUGAAAGUCACGGCAACUGGUCGUCCUGAAGAGGUAUACAAAAAAACUCAGGAGACACUUCAACACCGCUUAGACCAAAAAUUGCUUGUUGCUUGA